GACAGUUACAUCAUCUGAACAAAACCCAGCUGUCUCAGGGCAUCACAAAGAGAACAACAAACCUACUGUGAACUUAACUUUGUAAGUCUCUUUGAAAUGAGCAGUUGGGGCCAUGCUCCAGGUUACUCCAAAUAUUGCAUGUGCCCAUUUUGGCUCUGCUAAUGUGAAUGUCCGGAACGUGGAGGAUGGCGAUAAUUCACAGUAUGCAGAUCAGGCAAACUGUGGCAGAACCCGUUCCCGAUCUCUUUACAGCUCUGAGGAGACAAAAUACUCGACAGGAAACACUGACAAGGACAGAAGUCACAUCAGACCACGUUCAAGAUCAUUCUAUGUUUGUGACACUGAUGAUGCAGGAACGGCCGACGAUGGGAAAAGAAACACUAAAGUCACUGGAAAGCUUCUGAUCAAAAGUCAUAAAGGCAAAUCAAGCAAAUGGGCCAGCGAGGAACUUCCAGGAAAUAAAGAAAGUUUAAAGGGUGUAUCUAUGAUGACCAUUUCUAAGGUGGACAACUGGGAGAUAAGCUCUUCUUCUGGGAUGAAAUACAGUCAGUAUGUAGACUGGGAAAAGAUCGACCCAGAAGCAGCCAUCUGUUAUAGGAAGAUCCUCUCAAGUGAUCAUUAUGAACUCAAAGCAAUGGGCCGUACAGGAUUCUGGUCCAUGCCUCAUACUCUCAGAUCCAAGGCUUACCAGCACAUCAUCCACAGCAUCGAGAGCACAUCCACCUCCGCUGAUGUGAUCACCUACCAUGGCUUAGUUGGGAGGAUUUUUGGGGAAUUUCAAACAAGCACGCACCCUCUCCCAAAGUUUAUGGAGAAUGGGGAAAUUCCCAGAUUCUGCCUUAAUAAAGCAGGUCUGAAUGCAGUUAAAAGAAUUCUCAUUUGUAUAAACCACCAUUUUCCUGAUGUCAGCUUCUGUCCCAUUCUGUCCGCUCUGGUGUCGCUACUCUUACACUUCAGUGAGGAUGAAGCACAGUGUUUCCACAGUAUUAGUUCCCUGCUGUCCUACACAGACCCUUUCAAGCAUUAUAUUGACCGGACUUUCCUCACUUCACAUGCCUCAUGCAUGAUCUUUGGCGACCUUGCCAAUAAAUACUGCAGGGGAAUCUGGAAGCUAAUAGCCAGCUCUCACCAGAACCUAUUUGAGUUCUACUCUGACUGGAUCAUGUGGAUCUUCGCAGAUCUACCUUUCGCAUACGCCAUCAGAGUGCUGGAUGUCUAUCUAAUGGAGGGCUACAAAGUUUUAUACUGUGUAGCUCUUGCUCUACUCAGUCUUUACAAGGUCUCCAUGUCUUCACGAGUUCCCCAUGUCGAUGACUUCAGACAGGACAUGAAGAAUUUUGUGCAGAAUGUGGGACGGCACAGUACUAUUGACUCUCUAUUUCAGAGGGCUUUUAGUAUACAGUUGCCCACACGCAAAGAGCUGACUUAUCUCUUCAAUGCCAACAAGGAUGCACUAAUUCAUAAGGACAUCCACAAUAAGAGCUCAUUCCAAGAUAUGGGUUUCCGGGCCUUCAGCUCCUCUGUAGUGACUGAAACAGAGAUGAGGGUGGUCUGGGCCUGGAUUCCAGAGCGAUUUGCUUUAUUCAGUCCUGUGCAGCUAUUCGCUACAAAUGUUCAUGGCAGAAGUCUCUCCUCGUUUUAUUCCAGAGUUGAGGGGCAAGAUCCAACUGUUUUACUGUUGAAAACUGCAGAUGAGGAGAUUUGUGGGGCUUUCUUGUCCUCUGACUGGGCUCAGAAGAAUUGUGAUGAAAAGGGAUUUAAGUUCUUUGGCACAGGAGAGUGUUUUGUUUUCACUCUUCGACCAGGAGUGGAACGGUAUCAGCGUACAGUGCUGCAGAUCUCUGGGAUGUCUGACAAAUGUUCUCUGAUGAGCACUCAUGUGGACAGACCCACUGGAGUCUCUCAGAAUCAAAGGUGCAAGUUUGCAUCAUUCUGCACAGAUUCAAACAUCAAAUUCAUGGCAGGAGAUGAUGAGACACUUUUUAUUGGUGGUGAUGGUGGGCACGCUCUGCAUCUGCAGGCUGACCUGUCAGCUGGCUGUUCUGAACACUGUGAUACGUUUGAGAGUCCACCUCUCUGCAGGGGAUGCUUCAAGAUCCAGUCUCUAGAGGCUGAUGUUAUUAUCUGGGACUAAGAAGAAGGAGAUUUAUGAACAUUUUGUGCUACAUAAAACUUGGGUUGAAAAUCUCAGCUUCUCCCCAAAUGAUAAGUAUCUGGUCUCUUUGAAAUGACAGGAUGAUGUCAGUACCGUAGUGUGAACACUGAGAGUGAGGAAGCUAUAUGUGGCAGUCCUGCUUCAGAACAGAGUGCUUGCCACUGCCUCGCCAUCAAAUACACCAACCUGAAUGAUGAAAACCUUGUCUCUGCUGGGAAUAUGGGAGAGACUGCUAUAAUAGGAGCGAACAAUGACUGCACGAGGAUUGUCAGUGGAGGGGGCGGAGGACAGAAUGCAGAAUAAAUGUAUGCCUAGACAUCUCAUUGUGUCUGGGAGAUAUUCCAGAAAUCAUAUCGGCUCAUUGAAAUCAUGAAGGAGCACAAAGCCACAGUUACCUGCAUUAAAAUCAAGAGUGAUGACAAGGAGUGUGUGACGGCCAGCUCUGAUGGAGCUUGCAUCAUCUGGGACCAGGUGUAAGUUUGAAGAGCAUCAAAUCAUAAAUAUUUAAUGCAGACAUACUGAGUGAAAGGUCUUGCCCACAAGUUAUUCCACUGUGCCCAAGCUUGUCAUGUGUUAAAGAGUGAAAUCAACCACACUCACAUGAACCAAACAUGCAAAGUGCAGAUUUGCUUUGUGAAAAACAUUUGGUUUGAUGUAACCUUUAACCAGAUCUGCCUGUGUUCUUCUCAUUUCCCAUCCACGAGGUUUCUGAGGAAUCAAAUGGUGUUGUCCAACACACUUUUCAUUGUUGUAUGUUACCACCCUGAGGAUCAUCACCAGUGGCACUGACAGAAAGGUGGAGAUGACAAGUUACCGAAGCUCUGGGACUAUUCUGAUGGAGAAGUGACCCAUGUUGGCAUCGGGCACAGUGGAAGCAUCACAAAUGAGAGGAAUUGUCACAACAGCAGAUAUACGUAUUUUCAGCACCAUUGCCGAUGGAGCUAUCCUACGGUUUAAGAAGCCACAAAAUUGAUGUUACAAUGUCUGUGAAAAUACAUUUACAGUGUAUGGCCCUUUGGAUUUAUUUAGUAUAUUUUAAAAUAUAAUAUUCCAAACGACAGGAAAAUCCCAAGACACAUGGUUACCUUUCAUUUCUUUUUCUUGCAAAUAAUUAUAUUGAACAUUAAGUUCUGAAUUCUUGCAAGAAUUAAAGGUACCAUCAAACAGUCCAAUUCCAGUCAUUUCAUUGAAAUAAAUCAGCCUAGAGCCCCAGUUUCUGAGGACUUUUUGUCAACUGCACUGUCAGCUAAUACUGUAGAUCACCUGAGAAUCUCCAGAGAGCUGGCGGUGGAGGUUUGGAGAAGUACAGAACGGUGUGUGAACCCAGCAUCUGGAUGUGCCUGUCCCAUAUUUCCUCUCACCAAAGAGGAACAAACUCAAUAAUGAAUAUUUUAACCCCUAACACUAAGGAUCUUCGGACAUCUUGGCCUACACCACAGAUGACAAAGAGCAGACAAUCCGAUGACCUUGUUUUUCUUUGAUUUAAAGACAUACAGUAACAAAGACAGUGGGCUAUCCAUUCAAAAUUGAUCUCAGUAGUCAUAAACUGUGUGUGUGAAAUGGUGUGUGGUGAAAAAAGAUACCUAUCAGAGGAUAAACCUGCACAGGUUGUCUGAAAAGACAAGAAAUAUUGAAGAGUCUCGUGUUGGUAUUAUACAGGUAAAACUAAGUCUGUAAAAAUUUGUGCUGAGUUUUCUCUUUGUUGUUUAUCUGGUCUCAUUCUUCCUUGCUUAAUAUGCGCAUAAUGGGUCUGUAGUUAAAAAUACAGCACACAACAGUAGAUGGCACAGUUGUACAGAACCUCAGGAUAUUUAUCAUGUAAUCUACACUUACACUAGCUCCCCACGGUAGUGAAAAUGUGUGUUAAAAUAAGAAACUUAGAUUUUUUUUUUUUGGGGGGGGGGGCAUAUUUUAUGUCUUUAAUUCAUUUGAAGUUAUCUUUAGGUCACAUAAGGGUCACUGAACAGAGUCAAUAAUAUAUAGAUUAAAUGUUUCCAGGAAU